AUGGACAACUUCACCUCCAUCGCCGACUGUGAAGGCUCGUUCGGCCCCGCUGCAUCGGCGUGCAGCGACCGGUUCGACUUCACACUGCUCUUUGAACAGUCGCUCCUCAACAUCGGCCCGUCCGCCGCCCUGCUCUUGGCACUUCCGCUCCGGCUGCAACAGCUGCUCCGCCAGCGCCGAAAGGUGCUUCGCCAUCCCCUCAACGCCGCCAAGAUCGUGACGUGCGUCACUUUCGGUGUGAUUCAGAUUGCGCUGGUGUCGCUGUGGGCUCAGGCGCCGUUCGCCAACCGCGUCUCGGUCGCUGCAGCAGUCCUCGGGGUGCUAGAUGCACUCGCGCUCGGCGUGCUUAGCCAUACCGAACACGUCCGAUCGAUCCGCCCUUCGACAAUCAUCUGCGUUUACCUCGUCUUCUCCCUGGCAUUUGAUGCCGUGCAAUGCCGCACGCUAUGGCUUCUUCCCGGAUUGCAGAAACUGGCGGCAGUCUUCACAGCCUCGCUGACGGUAAAGCUGGCGAUGUUCAUGCUGGAAGUCCAAGGGAAGCGUAGGUUCCUCAUUGCCGCGCUGCGCAACCUUAGCCCCGAGACGACGAGCGGCAUCAUCGGUCGCGGUUUCUUUUGGUGGCUCAACGAGUUGAUGACGCGGGGGUUCAAGGCGACUCUCUCACCUGCUGCGCUCUACGAUAUCGAUGAGGGUCUGAAGUCCGAGGAGCUUCUCCAGCGACUGCUCCAGCAGUGGGACCAGCGCAAGGGGAAGGGCAAGUACGCACUUAUCAAGGCGCUCUUCAGCUCGACCAAGAAAGCCUGCAUCGCCACGGCGUUCCCGAGACUGGUUCUCAUUGGUUUCAAAUUUGCACAGCCGUUCCUGAUUAACAGAAUCAUCACCUACGUCGACGGCAACAAGGGAUCCGACCCCAAGUCUGUAGCUUACGGACUCAUCACAGCCACCGCAAUGAUUUAUCUUGGCACAGCUAUUGUGAAUGGAUUCUAUCAAUAUAAACUAUACCGAUUCAUCACCAUGGUUCGAGGGUCUCUCGCAUCCUUUGUCCUUUCGAAGAAUCUCGAUGCCAACGCGGCUGCAGCUGAGGACUCAUCGGCUGCUCUGACGUUGGUCAGCGCCGACGUGCGGAACAUCUGCAGGUCCUUUGAGACACUUCAUGAGGUCUGGGCGAAUCCUGUAGAGAUCGGCAUUGCUAUUUGGCUGUUGCAGAGACAGCUUGGACUUGGAAGCGUAGGCCCGGCCAUCACUAUCAUAGUGUGCACCGUUGGUAUGAGUAAACUUGGACAACUGAUGCCGCCGGCGAUGAAGCUAUGGAGCGAGAACAUCCAGACCCGCAUCACUAUGACUUCAGAGGUCCUCGGCUCUAUCAAGGAGACCAAAAUGCUAGGCAUGACGGAAUUCCUCCAGAAGGUAAUCCAGGAUCUUAGAAUCACUGAGCUAGUCAUGGCCAAGAAGUACCGUGCCAUGAUUACCUACAUGAAUGUCCUAGGAAAUUGUCCGAGCAUGGUUGGUCCCGUCGUGACCUUCGGAAUCGCGCUUCUCGCGCAGAGAAUCAAUGCGGGAGGGUCGCUUUCUAUUGCAACUGUCUUCACAUCACUCUCCAUUAUCGACAUGAUUGCUGGUCCUUUGGCCCUGCUGAUCUCUUCCGUACCAAGUUUGCUUGCCUCUCUGGGAAGUUUCGAGAGGAUUGAGGAUUUUGUCGGUAACGAUCUUUCCUCAGAGGCCCCCACUACGAUGGAGCAGGCAAGACCUACUCCUUCCGAGAGCGAUGCUGGAGUUGAGAUGCAGACCUUUUCAACCAAGACGUCUUCGGAUCGAGAGCAUGUCGUUGUGGUCGAAGACGGCUUCAUCUCAAUCAAGGCUGGAGACACGCCCAUUUUACAGAAUAUCAAUCUUCGCAUUCCGCCCUCAACGCUGACAAUCCUCAUUGGUCGCGUUGGCUCUGGCAAAACAGUUUUGCUGCGAGGUCUUUUGGGCGAACUUCCCAUGACCGGCUCCAUCAAGAUGUUGGAUGGAGGCGUGGCAUACUGUGCGCAGACCACAUGGCUCACGACCUCAACUGUCAAGGAAAACAUCAUCGCCCAAUCGCCACUGAAUCAGGACUGGUAUGAUAAGGUCGUACAUGCAUGUGCCUUGCUGCCAGACUUUGCGAAUCUGCCAAAUGGCGAUGGAACUGUUGUUGGGAGCAAGGGCCAGUCUCUCAGCGGUGGCCAGAAGCAGCGUGUUGCUCUGGCCCGGGCAGUCUAUGCGAGGAAGCCUGUUCUGGUUGUCGAUGACGCGCUUAGUGGAUUAGAUUCCUCUACCCAAAACCAUAUCUGGGACAACGUGUUUGGCCAGAAUGGCUUGGUUCGUCGGUUUGGAACUACCAUCAUUCUUGCUACACAUUCACUGAGCUACCUAAAGUAUGGUGAUCAUAUCGUCAUUCUCAGCGACGAUGGCAAGAUUGCCAACCAGGGGACUUUCACUGCUGUUCGACAUAGCGCCUACCUCGAAACGUUGUCCAUUGAGGACAACAAGCACAGCAAGAACGAUGAAAGCGGCACAUCCACCCCCGAAACUUCAGAGAAGAGCAAGAAACCAAAAGCACCGGAGGGGAACGACAAGGAACUGGACCUGCUGAGAAAGGCUGGAGAUACGACCCUUUACUGGUACUACCUGAGGUCAAUUGGAUGGCUGUACGGCUCUCUUGGGGUGCUGGGCAUGUUUGGCGACUGUUUUGUCCGGGUAUUUCCCCAGGUUUGGUUGAAGUCCUGGACUGAGAACGAUGCAAAGACUGGAGGAGCAGACACCGGCAUGUACUUUGGUGUCUAUGCCGGCAUGUCUGUCGGCGGCUUGUUUAUCAUUGGACUCAAUAUUUGGAUGAUGUUUGUCAUGAUUGUUCCCAAGUCAUCUCAGAACCUGCACUGGAAAUUGCUCCAGACCGUCAUGAGGGCACCUUUGUCUUUCUUCCUGGUUAAAGACACAGGCGAUCUACUGAAUCGAUUCAGUCAAGACCUCUCCCAUAUUGACCGAGACCUCCCAACCGCAUUAUUCAUGACUUCCAUCGCGGUUCUGGACUGUCUUGCUGGAUUAGUUCUCAUCAUGAUCGGUGCCAAGUACCUCGCGGCCGUGAUCCCUGUCCUACUGGUCGCUCUUUACUGCUUGCAGGCCUUCUACCUGAGAACCUCUCGACAGAUGAGAUUCCUCGACCUUCAGGCUCAGGCACCACUACUGACCAAACUGGUCGAAACGAUCGAUGGCAUCUCUACUAUCCGGGCAUUUGGCUGGCAGGGGGCAUUCCGCGACUCAUCACUCCAUCUCCUGGAUCAGUCUCAGCGGCCUUACUACCUUCUGUUCUGCAUCCAGCGAUGGCUAACUCUGGUUCUCGACAUCCUUGUUGGCGCCAUUGCAGUUCUUCUCGUCUCGCUAGCAAUGACGAUUCCAGAAUCGACCAGCACUGGUGCAAUUGCUAUCGCGCUUUACAACGUGCUCAAUUUCAAUUCGUCACUCGCCACCCUCAUCACCUCUUGGACGGAGCUUGAGACGUCCCUGGGUGCCAUCUCAAGAUUGAGAACCUUCGAAACCAAAACGCCGGUUGAGCCAUCCCCUUCAUCAGAGGAGCAAGCACCCCUGCCAUCUAAUUGGCCUUCCGAAGGUCGACUUGAGAUUAACAAUAUCACAGCAUCUUACUCCCCAGACACAAGGCCUGUUCUGCAGGACGUAACACUCACUCUGCAUCCAGGCGACAAGGUCGCAAUCUGUGGUCGUACUGGGAGCGGCAAGUCAACACUGACCCUCACAAUCUUCAAACUCUUGGGCUUGGACUCAGGCUCAAUCGUAAUCGACGGCAUCGACAUCGCUCAAGUGCCAAACAACGUGCUUCGCCGCCGUCUCAUCGCCAUUCCCCAGGAACCUCUGCUCUUCCCCGGAACGUUGCGCACCAAUCUCUUCCCACACACUGAGGGUCUCAGCGCCGAGGAGAUUCCCUCAGAUGAAGAGCUCAUCUCUGCCCUCACAAAGGUGUCUUUGUGGUCGGCAAUCUCCCUCAGCGGCGGCCUAGACACCGACGUCUCCAACUUGGCCUUGUCAAAGGGCCAGAAGCAGCUUCUCUGUCUCGCACGCGCCAUCGUUCGCAAGCAAUCAAGCAAGAUUCUCGUUCUCGAUGAAGCGACGAGCGCAGUUGACCAGGAGACGGAGGAGAUGAUGGCCAAGAUUAUUGAGACUGAGUUUGCAGCUCAUACUGUGGUAUCUAUAGUUCAUAGGCCACAGGCGCUGCGGGGAUUGCAUAUGGUGGUGACUCUCCAAGACGGCAAAAUCCUGAAGAUCGGCCCCCCCUGA